UAAAACCAGGGACCAGUAUGCAAUUUGGAGAAAUACAGUGUCUCUUUGACUUAGAUACAGCGCUGCUCUCUGAAACUCAGAUGGCAAAAGGGUUGCAGCUAUUCGUGAACAGAUUGUCGUUUUAUACUACGAGUGAACAGUUGAAGAAGCUAUUUUCACCUUUUGGCGUUGUUACAGAAGCAAGGCUUGUUAAAGAUCCAAGAACGCAAAGGCCUAAAGGUUUUGGAUUUGUUACCUUUGAGUCAGAAGCAGAUGCCCAGAAUGCAUUGAAUUCCUUGAACGGAAGGAUUGUUGAUGGAAGACUGAUUUUUGUGGAAGUUGCUGAGACUACAGAAGCUGUUGAAAACAAAACAUCCCAAAAAUAAAUUUCUCGUAAUUCAGUGUACACAUUGCUAUUUCAUAUUCCAGAUAAUGGGUGAAUUUUUGGCCAUUUCUCAGUCCUCCAUAGUGUUGCCUAACUUUCGAGUCCAAGCUUGGAGUCAAAGGCAGCUUUUCAUUGCUCAUAGUCA